UGAACUGGACCAAGUGUUUUGAAAUGAGGGAGGCCUGGAAGAGCAGUGACUGGGGACCCCAGGGAAGGCGAGGAGCCAGGCGGUAGCCCAAGAAAAUUACGGACAUAUCAGUGUGAAAUAGAGGCAGACUGAUGGAGGGCAGCUUAGUCCUGUGGGGCAAGGAAUACAGAUGCAAUCUCGCCUAACAAGUGUGUGCAGCCUUAUCCGUAAACACAGCCUCGCUCGCACCCUGGCCAUGGGCAAGGGCAAGGCCAAGAAGGCGCCAACAAAGGAUCAGACGGAUACAACAGCUUCCAAAGGAGACAGUGAAGAAAUCAUCAGUUGUGACAAACAAGGAAAUGUUAUCAUCAAGAUCUUUGCUAAGCCGGGAGCGAAAAACAAUGGUGUGACAGGCCUGAGCGAUGAGGGCGUGGGUGUGCAGGUGGCGGCCCCACCCUCAGAUGGGGAGGCCAACCAGGAGCUGGUGAAAUACUUGGCCUCCGUGAUUGGCGUCAGGAAGAGUGAUGUCAGCCUCAUCAGAGGGUCGAGGGCGCGGCAGAAGGUGGUGGCGGUGAGCAGCACGACUCGGGCGGCGGUGACGGAGAAGCUGAAUGCGGUGGCCCGGGAAGGAGUGGAGUGAGAAGCUGUAUAGCAGUCGUGUUCGAAGGGCAGCGUCAGGGUCUCGCUCCAGCACUGCGUCGUGACAGACCACUUACCGAAUUGUGACUUCUCUAAAAAUGGUUACUAAAAUACCCGAAGGCGGAAGGCACAUUUCUUAUAUGCAGCAUUGUCAAAGGCCUCGUGAGGGUAAUGCGUAAAAUGUGAGAGCAUUGUUUCCUGAUAUACAUUUAUGAAGACAACAUCUGCUCUGUGACCUAUGAGAUUAAGGUUCUGGCUGGUGUCAUAGCAUUCAAAUGAUCUUAAAAUCGUAAAUAAUAUCUACCAUUUCUGGCCAACAGUAUGCAUGUAUGUUGUGUUGGUUUGAUUUAGUCAUGGCAGUUAGAAUUUGCCUCAUUUGCCUAAUACUCAUAUCAAAUUUUGUCUGAUCGUGAGGAUUAGAUAGGUGACGUGUACUGAGUAAUACCAAAUAAUUUAGAAUGAAUGAUAUUUAAAUUUAUAAGUUAAUCAUGCUCAAUCAAUUCACAACUGCCUCAGUGAUUGAAUGGGUUAUACAUGCAUGAGAGGAAAGGAUGUGAAGAUGCGUCGAUUCGAUCAGUUCUCUCAGAUUUGUUCUACUGUGUCAUAAUGUCGCCAAUUAAAGAAAUAACUUCAA